AUGGGGAUCUUUGACAAAGUUAAGAACGCCAUUGGCGAGGACAACUUCAACAAAUUACAAGACGAGGUCACGAGCCGGCUUGGGGCUCUGAAUCAGAAUGAUUCUGGAAACAACUCCCAAAACGCCUCUGGCUACAACAAUGGAUCUGGUAACGCAUACGGCAACACCAGUUCUGGCUACGACAACAGCCAAUCCGGCCAGGGCUACGGCAAUAGCCAAUCCGGUGGUAACAACUACGGGAACAACAGCGGCUACGGUUCCGGUAACCAGACUUCGAACAACAACAACGGUUACGCCAGCAACUCUGGUUACUAUAACUCGAAUUCCGACUCCAAUUUGAACACCAACGCGUAUGGUAGGAAUGACUCGAAGAAGAACUCUUAUGGGAACGACAAUGAAGAUUCCAGCAAGAACACCUACGAGUCCAAGAAGUCGGACAGCGACAACAAAUAUGACUCCAACAAGGACGAGAACAAGGACGAGAAUAAGGACGAGAAUAAGGACGAGAAUAAGAACGAGAACAAGGAUGAGAACAAGGACGAGAAUAAGGACGAGAAUAAGGACGAGAAUAAGGACGAGAAUAAGAACGAGAACAAGGAUGAGAACAAGAACAAGGAUGAGGACAAGAACAAGGAUGAGGACAAGAACAAGGAUGAGAACAAGGAUGAGAACAAGAACAAGGAUGAGAACAAGAACAAGGAUGAGAACAAGGAUUCAAAGAACGAAAACAAAACGGACUCAACCAAGAACUCUUACGGCUCGUCCAAGAAGAACUCUUACGGAUCCAAGAAUUCGGACGACGGCAAAGAUGACUCCAAGGAUACCUAUGGAUCCAAAAACUCAUAUGGCUCUUCCAAGAAGGACUCCUACAGUUCAUCCAACAAGAACUCCUAUGAUAACGACAACGAAGACUCCAAUAAGACUUCUUAUGGGUCCAAGAACUCCUACGGUUCGUCUAACAAGAACUCGUACGACAACGAAGACUCCAACAAGACUUCUUACGGGUCCAAGAACUCGUACGGCUCUUCUAACAAGAACUCGUAUGAUGACAACGAAGACUCCAACAAGACAUCUUACGGCUCGUCUAACAAGAACUCAUACGGAUCCAAGAACUCCUACGAGAACGACAACGAAGACUCUAACAAGACUUCUUAUGGUUCCAAGAACUCGUACGGCUCUUCUAACAAGAACUCGUAUGAUGACAACGAAGACUCCAACAAGACAUCUUACGGCUCGUCUAACAAGAACUCAUACGGAUCCAAGAACUCCUACGAGAACGACAACGAAGACUCUAACAAGACUUCUUAUGGUUCCAAGAACUCGUACGGCUCUUCUAACAAGAACUCGUACGACAACGAAGACUCCAACAAGACAUCUUACGGCUCGUCUAACAAGAACUCAUACGGGUCCAAGAACUCCUACGAGAACGACAACGAAGACUCCAACAAGACUUCUUACGGCUCAUCUAACAAGAACUCAUACGGGUCCAAGAACUCCUAUGGUAAUGACAACGAGGACUCGUAUGGAUCGAAGAAUCAAUAUGACUCAAACAGGGGCUCUUAUGACAGACAGAAUGAUAACGAGUCUUCGAACCUUUAUGACUCCUCUGAAUAUGAAAGCUCUAACCGUUACCGCUGA